CGCUGCUCGUCUGGCCCGUUUCACUCGUCUGCUCGCUGCCGCUGUCCUACUAGCUUUUGGUAGCUUUUAGGCGCCUCCCGUUGUUUGGGUGAAAUUGAGCCUGAGCUUGAGCUUUGGGGGGGUGCGGUUUUGAGGGGGGAGCUAAUUAAGCAUCGGCAUGAGGAUCCAGUGCGACGCGUGCGAGGCCGCGGCGGCCGCGGUGGUGUGCUGCGCGGACGAGGCGGCGCUGUGCGAGGCCUGCGACGUCGAGAUCCACGCCGCCAACAAGCUCGCCAGCAAGCACCAGCGCCUCCCGCUCGACGCCGCGCUCCCGGCCGCCCUCCCGCGCUGCGACGUCUGCCAGGAGAAGGCGGCGUUCAUCUUCUGCGUGGAGGACAGGGCGCUCUUCUGCCGGGACUGCGACGAGCCCAUCCACGUCCCCGGGACGCUGUCCGGCAACCACCAGCGCUACCUCGCCACCGGCAUCCGCGUCGGCUUCAGCUCCGUCUGCAGCGCCAACGCCGACCAGCUCCCGCCGCCGGCGCCCAAGGGCAGCUCCAAGGCUUCGGCUGGUGGCGUCGCUGCUGGUGCCGGGGCUCCCAAGCCGGCCGUGUCGGCACCGGCGCAGGAGGUGCCGUCGUCGCCGUUCUUGCCGCCGUCCGGAUGGGCCGUCGAGGAUCUCCUGCAGCUCUCUGACUACGAGUCCAGCGACAAGAAGGGUUCGCCUCUUGGGUUCAAGGACCUAGAGUGGCUCGACGACAUCGAUCUGUUCCAUCUCCAGUCGCCGGCCAAGGGUGGCAGCACGGCAGCGGAGGUGCCUGAGCUCUUCGCCUCGCCGCAGCCAGCAAGCAACAUGGGGUUCUACAAGGCAAGCGGUGCACGCCAAAGCAAGAAGCCAAGGGUGGAGAUAGCCGAUGACGAUGAGGACUUCUUCAUUGUUCCUGAUCUUGGAUGAGGAAUCAUGAGAUGUUACAUGUGUUAUGUAACAGUAAUUCUAUGCUAGUGGUGUAAUUUUGUAUGUAUGCAAAGAACACUCCCGAUCGUUGUACUAAGUGUGCCAAGUACAUUUUUACUGUGUGGGCGUAUGUAAUUGUAAGACCAUUUGGGCCUGAUACUUUCAGCAUGGUGUUGCGCAUGAAUUAUGAUGUAUGACAUGACGAAAA